CUGCAGCGGUCCUCACAGGGAAGUGAGACAGAGACCAUCACACUCCAGCCCCAUGGACCGACCGCUGUACCACUGGGUCACUGCUGUGGCCGUGCUGCUGUGUGCGGCGACCCAGGUGUUGUCCCAGCUGUGUGACCGGCCCUGCCUUUGCCCCAGUCCUGCCCUCCAGUGCCCGGCAGGAGUGUCACUGGUACUGGACGGCUGCCGAUGCUGCAGGGUGUGUGCCAGGCAGCGAGGCGAGUCGUGCACCGAGGUGUUUCCCUGCGACGGCCAGAGAGGCCUGCGGUGCGACUACAGCGCCAGCUUCCCAGGAGAACCCGGGGAGUGUGUCGGUCAGGAGGAUCUGAGCUGUGAGGUGGACGGCGUCACGUACCAGGAGGGCCAGUCGUUCCAGCCCUCCUGCGACUCGUACUGCCACUGCAGAGGAGGAGGUGUGACCUGUGUGCCGGCCUGUCCCUUGACCGGCCGCCUUCCCACUCCAGACUGUCCCGAACCACAACACGUCCGCCUGCCGGGGAAAUGCUGCAAAGAGUGGGUGUGUGAGAACCUGGAGAACACGGUCAUUCAGGACGCCAUCACAGCCAUGAGACCCGUCAGGUUGUGGCCCGCUCUGCCCCAGAAUCACCCUCUGAACAAACUGGUGCCGUCGGCCUCCAGCUGUGUGGAGCAGAGCACCCAGUGGAGCGCCUGCUCCCGGAGCUGUGGAGCCGGAGUCUCCACGCGGGUCUCCAACCAGAACCCGGCCUGCAAGCUGCAGAUGGAGACUCGGCUCUGUAAAGUGAGGCCCUGCAGCCGGGCAGCUCAGCCGGCGUCAAGCAAGCGUGUGUGGGGACGACAGGGGCGGUGCGAGGCCAGCUACACGUCACCGGGCCCCAUCCGGCUGGUUCACCAGGGCUGCUACAGCACCCGGGCCCACCCCCUCCGUUACUGUGGACAAUGCACGGACUCUCGCUGCUGCACGCCGUACCACACCACCACCGCCCAGGUGACCUUCAGCUGCCCCACUGGCAGACUGCUGCAGCGAGCGGUGAUGAUGAUCCACUCGUGUGUCUGUCACAGCAGCUGCCCCUACGCCCCGUUCAGGAAUCCUGCGCUGUGGGGGUACCGGCCCUGAUCGGCCCGGCACUGAGACACUCCAUCAUCCCCAGGAUCCACAGGAGGCGUCCUCUCAUCAGUGGACGCUGAAAGACAAUGACAAAAACCUUGUGGUGAAUCGAGCAAGUGACCAAAGGGACCUUUGCAGAUCAAAGCACUUUUUAAAACAAAGUCAAAAAGUGUAAAAACCAAACAGACGCGUCAGAGGUUGAAACAGGUUGAAAGAGUUCAUUCUGAUUUUAGUAUUAGUUUGUUUUAUUUUCAUGUCACCAAUUAAUUCGCCACCGCAUCCAAUACAAACGCGGACAGGUCCACUUUCCGCAGAACUAAUUCCAGUUCAAUCAUUUCAGUUGGUUAUAUUUGGCGGUUUGACUCUGCUCCUCCCUGAGCAGCAGCUAAAAGACCUCGGCACAAAUCAGACAAGUCAGAAUGAAAAGAGGGAGCUGGGUCGGAAGCGGUUGUGACGUGGCUUUGCUGUCGAGGAUGGAAGAGUCGAGAGCUUAAGCAGCUAAAAUAUGAGCUUAAGCAGCUGAUGCAGCUAUAAAGCAAAUGCAAAAAGUCUAUAACCCACAAAAUAGAAGUUAAAGGUUCAAGGAGAUUGUUUUGAAAGACGUGCACUGAUACAAAGCUCCUCAGAGGGAGCUGCAACCUUUUAAUUAAAGGGGCCUGAUCAUGAACUCAAAGUUUAAAGUAAAAUGAGAUAAAAGAACAUUUGACUUUUUCUUAAUGUAAACAAUUUACUCUGAUUCUCCUGAUGUUUCCAAAUAAGUUUCAUAUAUUUGGGCCGAUUGAGUCUCAAUAAUUGUAUCGUGUUUUUUCAACCUAGAAAAACCUAAACUAUGAAUCGAGGACAUUGAUCUCGAUGCUACUUUGGUCAUGAAGAUGUUUUUAAAGACGUAUUUAAUUUGCUAUAAGGCGACCAUCGUCUCAAGUAACAAAUUAAAAUGAAUUAAAAAUGAGUAUUUGUUAGAUAGAAAUCCUGCAGAAUGACUCCAACCUCUGUGUUGACAGAUCUUGUUUUCUGACUCGAUCAAUGCAACUUUGAAAGUGUGUGUGUUUGUGCGUGUGCAUGUGUGUGUGUGUGUGUGUGCGCUGUCAGAUGAUAUUGCACUUUCUUUAUUUUACUGUUUUGCUGUAAAUAUUUCUGUACUUUUUAUGUAUAGUUAAUAAUGUCAAUAUUUUACAAAGGUCCUACAUUUGUCUUCCUGAUGAUUGUUUCUAUUCUAAAUUGAUGUUUUUCAUUUCCUCACUGAA